AUGGCCCAAAAGAAACUACUCUCUAUUCUUGUUCUCCUUUUGUUUGUUUUCGUCUUGGAAAUUCAAUGCGUUGUUGGAAGGCAUUUGAUAUUUGACCGAAACCAAAGUUUCCAAAAGGUCCAAACUUACGGUAAAAUCCUAGCAAAGGAAACAGGGACAAUUCUUGAUCCCACAAUUAAUGGUGUUAACAUUAAUAAAGCACCUGUUGCCAACACGCAGUCUCCACCUUUACCACCAAGAGUGGUUAUAGGAGAAACCCAAGCCCCGCCACACGAAGAUGAACACGACUACAGGCCCACAACUCCUAGACAUAGUCCUGGCGUCGGCCAUUCCCUUCAAAACUAG